AUGUCCAUUUGGAGCCACAAAUAAAAUUUUCCACUCUGUAAGAAAACAUGUUACACAUGACUGACAGUUUAAGUAAUUUGUAAUUUCGUUUUUGCUUCAGGUAAAUAUGGGCAUAACUGGCCUUCUACCUUUUGUCAAAAAGGCCAGUCGUCCUUGUUUUUUACACGAGUUUGCAGGAAAAGUUGCUGCAGUGGAUGCUUAUUGCUGGUUGCACAAAGGGGCAUUCUCCUGUGCUGACAAACUGGGUCGGGGAGAAGAUACUGAUGGGUAUGUGGUGUAUGUAAUGAAGCUGGUUCGUCUCCUUGUAUCCCACCACAUCAAACCUAUUAUGGUUUUUGAUGGGUGCAAUCUUCCUUCAAAGGCUGGCACUGAAGCAGAAAGAAGAGAGUCUCGAGCCAAAAAUCGAGCCCUGGCCAAGGAGAUGCUGCGUGAAGGCAGAGUACGUGAAGCAAGAGAAUUUUUUCAACGAUGUGUCGAUGUUACUUCAAAAAUGGCCAGGGCUGUCAUGAAGGCCUGUAGAGAACUGAAUGUUGAUUGCAUUGUUGCACCGUAUGAGGCUGAUGCGCAGCUUGCAUAUCUUGCAAAUGAGGGCUUUGCUGAUGUAGUUAUUACAGAAGAUUCAGACCUGCUCGUUUUUGGCUGUGAAAAAGUGAUAUUCAAAAUGGAUAGCCUUGGCGGAGGCAUUCUCGUGGAGCAAGAAAAGCUUCAUGUUGCUCUAGGACUUCCUCCCGACAGAUUUUCUCUUGAUCUCUUCCGAAACAUGUGCAUUUUGUCUGGCUGCGACUACUUGCCUUCUCUUCCUGGCAUUGGAUUAGUCAAGGCCUGCAAAUUUUUUUCACUGACUUCCAACACCGAUGUUUUUAAUGUGCUGUGCAAGCUUCCUGCGUACCUGAAAAUGCCCCAGCUUGAAGUCACACUUGAAUACCGCUCCAGUUUUGUUAAAGCUGUGAACACUUUCCUAUACCAACUGGUGUUCUGCCCUCGACAACGCGUUCUGCGACCACUUGUGAUGUACCAAGACGGAUCUGAUUGUUCAGACCAUCCAUAUGCAGGUGCUUUCAUUGGCAACGAGAAGGCAUUUGCUAUUGCUCUUGGCAAUGUCGAUUUGCAGAGUAAGCAGAUAGUCGACAAGUUUCAUCCUGAUCAACAAAAGGCCGGCCACAUGAUGUCUUUGAAAAAGAAAAAGGAUGUGAUUGUUGAGAACAUCAGCAUUUGGGAUCCCGACUACGACAAAUCUAUUUUCCAUGAACGUUACUUGGCAAAAACUGAUAAGAAGUCUGAAGCUUUUGGUUCACACUCGGCAUUCACAGCAAAUGAGGCUAGAAAACGUGGUCGCACUGCCAACCGUAAAGAAGUCUGUGGGAACUCUGGAAAGAGUGAAAAAACGGCCAAGACUGUAAAGGUUCUUGACAUAGAAAAUAUUUUCACAAAGCGAAAACGAGAAGUUUCAGAUUCCAAGUGUGAUGCACGAGAGUCUGACAGCGCAAAAGAAACUUCCGACCUACUCUCACUCUAUGGAUAUGCCAGAAGAAAGUCUCCAAAAAAGAUGCGCUUCUCGUCACCUUCAGGGAAUGCACUGACUCAUUUGAACCCACCGACUUGUAAGGACACCGUAGAACUCAAAUCAGUGUUAUAUUUUAAUUCCAUUGAAGAUAUUGAAAACACUGCCACUCCCCGCAAAAUUUUUUCCACGAGUAAUGAAACAGAAAAAACUGAUGAAAUGUGUGAAAGUCCAAUCUUCAUUGAAAAUUCUGCAAAUGAGACUUCCACGGUGUGCACUGGAGAAAUGACUGAUGAACAUUCACAACAAAUGGUCGAGGGUACCGAGAAUGACAGUUCUUCUAAACCGAAUUUAUUUUGCCCAAAUGAGCAGCAUUCUCGGCUACUUAAUCCAUUUGCUUCGGGUAAUAAGAAAAUAAUUAUUAAGAGCAGAUAUUUUCGUCCAUCUGAAAAAUCUGCAACAUCCGAUGACUCCAAGAAAGAUCUAGGAUCCCUUCUUCGUAAGUCUAUUCAAGAAACUGGGGAACGUCUUUCUAAACAAGUUACUAUUUCUCACAACAAUCCUGUUCUGACGGCUCAGCAACCAAAAAACUGUGUACUUCACAAAAAGGAUGUAGAAAUUGAGGCAAAACCCUCCAAAAUGAUACAAAAUUUAGAAUGUGAAUUUAAAUCUGAAAUAUUUGCAAAUACUGAAUCUGAAAAUAUUGAUAAAUCUAAUUCAGAAUCUCAGGAUCUUCAUGUAUCUCAUCAAGACACGCAAGUUGCAAAAUCCAAAGCAGAAGAAAGUUUACCCGAAUCUCAAGCGAUUAAUUCAGCAUCUCAAGAAAUACCUCCAGAAUCUCAAGAAGUUACUCUAGAAUCUCGAGAAAUUAACCCAGCAUCUCAAGAAAUUACUCCAACAUUUCUAGAAAUUUACCCAUCAUCUCAAGAAAUUACUCCAGCAUCUCAAGAAAUUUGCCCAGCAUCUCAAGAAAUUACUCCGGCAUCUCAAGAAAUUACUUCAGCAUCUUCUCAGAAGUUUGAUGGACAGCUCGCCGCUGUGAGUCAACGAAGCUCCUCGUUCAACGACUCUAAUGACCGAGAGAGCUUUGGUUUCACUCCACAGACAAAUUCAUGCAUCGACUCUUCUCAGGACGAAGAAGAAUGUAUCCGAAUGAUGAAAACAUACAGCAACAUUUUGGACUCACAAGCAACUAGUUCUUCUGUAGGAGAUACCCUAUCCCAAGAUAUUGAUGUAUGUACGCAAUUAUCUGAAGAAAACAUUUCUGCGCCGUCCACAGUGGAAGAAACCAGUCGUAGUGAAUGUCAGGAAAAAUCACCACAAUUUGUCAGAAAAAAUAUUACUAGAAACCUUCAAUUGUCAUCAAAUUCCAUCGAUAAAUCUCUUUUUGGGACACAACAGCCGUUACUCAAUAUUUGCAAUGAGUCUCGAGUGAAGUCAGGGCAUGAGUCAGAUACUCAUCCGUCGUCAUCCUUGAUACUCGCGCCCAUUGACAACACCACUCAACGCAAUGCCUCUUCUGACGUCGCACCUAGUGGCACUAGUCCCUAUUUCUUUAAAGCGCACACGCCUAAUCUGUCGAGCUGCAGAAGGCCUGGUCUCUCGCGCCCUCCAUCAAAAACUAAGAGCCUCGGCUCGAGUGCUAAGAGUGGCCGCCAGCUCAACUUAAGGGACAUGUUCGCUGCACGUCAGUGACGUUAGGGGCAUCUUUUGAGUACCAGACUGAGAAUCUACAUUUGAUGUAUGAAAUACACUCGGAACUGGAACUUCAGGAUUAAAAAUUGCUUUGGUGUAUUGACUAAAGCUGGGGCAUUGAAGAAAUAUUGUUGUAUGACAAUUUCUAUAAGGGACAUUAACUCAACUCGAUAUGAUUGAGAUAAAGUUAUCUUUACA